GAGCAAAAAAAGAAAAAAGAAUAUCUCUUAACAAGGAUGGAUGAAGAAUGUCUAUGAAUAUUGAAUGAGCCGAUACAUUCAGCUAAAUGAACACAGUGGCUGUCAGAGAGUAGCUUGAAGGCAGACCACAUUCACAACGGGCUAGACUGAUGCACAGAGAACUGCCAUCGUAUCGGGGAAGAAAAAUGGGCUUAUAAAGCCCUUUCAGCCAACUGUGGCAAAACAUCAGUUAUUUUGAGCUUUCUGCAUCACUUCGAGUGCUUUAAACAUCUCACCCCACGACCAUUUCACCUGCCUGCAAUAUAACCCGCUGAUAUGAAUUUUGAACAGAGCAUCUGACGGAACAUUCAAGAUAUGACUGCAAAAGAUUCUUCCAACGAACUUACCACCCCAGAAACCGAAGUCUACAUCAAGACCUUUAAGGAACAUAUGCAUUUAGAACUUGAACUGCCCCGACUUUCGGGGAAAAGAACCACAACAUCCCCGAAAAUCUCCCCUCGCAGUUCCCCCAGAAACUCUCCUUGUUUUUUUCGAAAAUUAUUGGUGAAUAAAAGCAUUCGUCAACGCCGCCGUUUUACCGUUGCGCAUACGUGUUUUGAUGUGGAAAAUGGUCCGACGCCAGGACGUAGUCCUCUGGACCACCAGGCUAGCCCUGGCUCUGGACUUGUCCUCCACGCUAACUUUCCAAAUCACAACCAACGCAGGGAAUCGUUUCUCUACCGAUCAGACAGUGACUAUGACCUGUCACCAAAGACCAUGUCGAGGAAUUCCUCUGCAGCAAGUGAACAGCAUGGAGAUGACUUGAUAGUUACACCUUUUGCCCAGGUCCUGGCAAGUUUGCGAAGUGUGCGAAAUAAUUUUACAUUACUCACCAAUGUCCAUGGAGCUCCAAAUAAAAGAUCACCCAUGACCAACCAACCUCAAAUUUCCAGAGUUAAUAUACAAGAGGACUCCUAUCAGAAACUAGCAAUGGACACUUUAGAAGAACUAGACUGGUGUCUAGACCAGCUAGAGACCAUCCAGACCUACAGAUCAGUCAGUGAGAUGGCAUCAAAUAAGUUCAAGAGAAUGCUGAAUCGAGAACUGACCCACCUCUCAGAGAUGAGCCGGUCUGGGAACCAAGUUUCCGAAUACAUCUCUAGCACAUUCAUGGACAAACAAAACGAUGUGGAAAUUCCAUCCCCGACACAGAAGGACCGAGAGAAGAAAAAGAAGCAAUUAAUGACUCAAAUUAGUGGCGUUAAAAAGUUAAUGCACAGCUCAAGCCUCAACAAUACAUGCAUGUCGCGCUUUGGAGUGAAGACCGAAAGUGAAGACCUUCUCUCAAAGGAGCUAGAAGAUCUUAAUAAAUGGGGUCUGAAUAUUUUCAAGGUAGCAGCCUAUUCGUGUGAUCGGCCCCUCACCUGUAUAAUGUACGCUAUAUUUCAGGAAAGAGAUUUAAUGAAAACAUUUAAAAUAUCAGCUGAUACUCUGGUAACUUACACCAUGACUUUAGAAGAUCAUUAUCAUUCAGACGUCGCAUAUCACAACAGUUUACACGCGGCUGAUGUCACUCAAUCGACCCACGUUCUGCUCUCCACCCCAGCUCUGGAUGCCGUCUUCACCGACCUGGAAAUCCUUGCUGCAAUAUUCGCAGCGGCAAUCCAUGACGUUGAUCACCCUGGGGUCUCCAAUCAGUUUCUUAUCAACACAAAUUCUGAACUGGCUCUGAUGUACAACGAUGAGUCUGUUCUGGAGAAUCAUCACCUUGCUGUGGGCUUUAAACUCCUGCAAGAAGAACAUUGUGACAUCUUCCAAAACUUGACCAAAAAGCAGAGACAGUCUCUCAGGAAAAUGGUGAUAGACAUGGUACUUGCCACUGACAUGUCCAAACACAUGAGUCUCUUGGCUGACCUAAAAACAAUGGUGGAGACCAAAAAAGUGACCAGCUCCGGAGUUCUUCUCCUUGACAAUUACACGGACCGUAUACAGGUUCUCAGGAAUAUGGUCCAUUGUGCAGAUUUGAGCAAUCCUACAAAAUCCCUGGAACUCUACAGACAAUGGACUGAUAGGAUCAUGGAGGAAUUCUUUCAACAGGGGGACAAAGAGAGAGAACGUGGAAUGGAAAUCAGCCCUAUGUGCGACAAACAUACCGCGUCAGUGGAAAAAUCACAGGUUGGCUUCAUUGAUUACAUUGUCCAUCCAUUGUGGGAAACGUGGGCAGAUUUGGUGCAGCCCGAUGCACAAGACAUCCUGGACACGUUAGAAGAUAACAGAAAUUGGUACCAAAGUAUGAUACCUCAAAGUCCCUCUCCUCUUCUGGACGAGCAAGAGAAUGAUGGUCAGGGUCUCUCCGAGAAAUUCCACUUUGAGCUGACAUUGGAGGAAGAAGAUUCAGAAGGACAGGAUAAGGAUGGGGACUGCAUCAGUUAUUACAGCAGCACAAAAACACUUCAUAUUGUGGAUCCAGGAAUGGGAGAUUCGCCAGACGGAGACAUGGAAAUUCUAACGGACGACACGUCUCCGCUGAACACAUAGAACAUGCUUGAAAAUGGACAUAAUUUAACAAAUUACCAUGCAAGCUGUCUUGCUUUGACAAGCCUGUAAUCAGGAUAUUGGGCUCUGUAAGGCACUGGCUAAUGAAGCUGUCGUGCUGCUUGAUAUUGGAGACGUGGCUACUAUGGAUGUUCCAGUCAACGAAUGCUCAGGAAACCAACAGUUGACAUACACUAUUCUGCAACUUUGUUUCGUCUGGGAAUAAAGAAAAAUUAAAAGAACCAAGGAUAACAGAAAACAUGCCUCAUUGUGUUCUGAGAAGAAAAUAAAAAGACUUGAAUUGUCAAUGAACAGUUUGUACAAAAUGAUGACACAAAACUGAGAGAUUUUCUACAGCAAGAUUAAAAACAAAAAAAUUAAACAAAAAAAAAAACUUUAGAUCAGAUAGAUACUAGGGGGUUAUUAUUAGUAGGUCUGUGUUAAAAAAAAAAAAAAAUCCUGUCCACCCGUGUGUGCCUUUUUUGUAACACUCCUUUGUCUUUUUUUUAACCCAUGCAGCGCCAGAGAGGGGAACAACACAUUGCGGAUUGCGCUGCUCUCCUUAUUUGGCGCUGGAACGGGUUAAACGCCUAUUACUUACACGCUAUUUUGUGUAAACUGAACAAAGAAUAAUCUAUGUGUUUUCUGAAAUGAAGCAGUCUUCCUUUCUUCGGGCAAUAUUUACGUGACUUUGUUGAAACUUAUUUAUUAAAUGCGGACGUUUAAAAGGGGACAAUAGGCUCCUCCUUCCAAGAUUGGUCACUUUUAUUGUGAUAAUUCACGCCAUUUCACAUUCCGCUUGAUACAAAGAAAUUUUACCAUUUUUUUUUAUGCCCUCCUUAAGUAUAUAUCUAUUCUGCACAAUAUGGAAGAGGUAGUAGAUCAUUUUUUUUUUUUUAUAUUGUACAAUUCACUACAUUUUAAAAACGAGAGUAAAAGGCAGUAUGUAAUGUGAUGUGUAUUUGAAAUGAAAAUUGCAUGUUCAAAUUUCUGUUUCCAACCUUUCUCCAUUAACCCUCGGGUGUCUGUAUACAACCACCCAGCUGUCGCAGGACUAAAAUUCAGAAUUUAACUUAAUUUUAAGUCCUGACAACAGCCAGGACCUCAGUUGACAUUAAUUUAACCAUUUAUCCAUUGUCUCCUUGCACUGCCUUGAGUCCUAAACCUACUUUACUGUUUAUAACAGUGUACUUAUUAUAUAAUGUAUAUAUUGUAAUGUUUUGUAAGUUAUUAAUUUAUAUAAAUUGACAUUGCCUGUCUUUUGGUGGUGUUGAUUGUGUAGCGAACUCUAGGUAAGAGUUGAAUUUUUCUUCUAACUGUUUUUUUUUUUUUUUUAUUGGAAAAACCGCAAAAGCCUAAACAGUGGCCCAAAUAAGACAUUACGAACCCAUGAAAGUCUCAUUCACAGGGGAUUUGACUUCAGAAAGUUCAGUGUCGCAAUGAGGGGGGGGGGGGGGGGGGGGGAUUCAUGAACCAUUCAGAUUUUUAUUUUUUUUAGAAGCAAUUUAAUUUUUCAAUUAUUUAAUUUAAUUUAUUUUCUGUUUGUUUUUUUUUAAGAAGUUGGGGAACCCCUCAUCAGUGUCACAAGACCUUAUUUUAUACAAAUAAGUCUGCUCAUGCCUCAAAAUGAAAUAUAUAAAAAUACUGAAUUUUUAAUCCCCUGUGAAUGUAUUUUGUUUUACAAAUUUUCAGCAAAUAGGAAAUUUGUUUGCUUCUAUUAUUUUUUUUUUUUUUAAUAUUAUACUGUUAAGAGAACCCAAUGUUAUUUUGUUUCAGUGUGAAGAGUUAUGUUUGUUUAUUUUUCAUAAAGAAUGCUAACGCUUCCGAAAAGAAUUCAGCCUCAAUCUGUAAGAUGUUUGGCCCCGUUUGUGACAUUUCUAAACUUUUCUGAAAAUCGCACAUUUGUGCAUGGGGGUUUGUAUGUCUGUUGGACACUGUGUAUUUCCCAGAUAUAGGUCGACACAAGGUAUGGUAUAGUAUUGUACAUUGUGCUAAACAUGCAAGAUUUUUAUAUGAAGUGAAUAAAUCAGACAAGCAUGAA